AGAGAGAGAGAGAGAGAGAGCGAUUGACGUAUAUAAAAAUCAGUUUCGGAAAUUGAUAAUCUCGCAUGACAAGUGGUGGUGCGUCGUUGGCCGCCGAGUGAAGUGUGACUAUGAGUGCGUGACGAUAAAACCGUUUGGAAUAGUAGUGUCAGCCGGCGCGGCGUGCAGGGUGAGUGCGCGGAACAACGAAGGAAGCCGCAGGAAAAGGAUCGGCGAGGAUGACUCGCUGCCUCUUCGCCGCCUCCGUCGGCCUGGCGGUGGUCGGCUUCCUCCUCGUCGGCGCGGCGGCACGGAGUAUAACGACGCUGGAGGCCCCGCGGGGCUGCGAGUGGCGCAAGGAAGGCGAUGGCGAGGCCGAGGGCGAUACCGAGGCGCUGCUCUGCCGUCUUAGGACGAUAGCCUCGGCGCCGGCACUGGUGGGCAACCUCUCCUCGAUCCAGGCGGAGUCGGUGAGGUCGUUGGGCCUCGAGUGCAGCGACGUCCUCUUCUUCGAGAGCCAGCUUGACGGGCCGCACGGGUUCCUGGGGCCGCUGCCGCGGCUGCAGGAGCUGCGCGUCGAGUAUUGCAAGAUAAGACACCUGCCGGGCGGCGUCUUCGCCUCGAUGCACUCGCUGCGGCGGCUCGCCCUCAGGACCCACAACAGCGAUUGGUCCGCGAUGACUCUCGAGCUCCACCGGGACGCGUUGCGCGGUCUUCCGGAGCUAAGACACCUCGACCUAGCCGAGAACAACAUAUGGAUCCUACCAGCCGAGCUCCUCUGCCCCGUCCAGAGCCUCGCGAGCCUCAACGUGACGCGCAACAAGUUGCAGGACGUCAUGUCCCUCGGGCUUUCCGAGUGGGCGACACCCUGCGCCCCGAACCUCGAGGUCCUGGACCUCAGCGGAAACGACCUCGGAGCUCUGCCCGAUAGCGCUUUGAGCGGUCUGCGCAGUUUGACCGUUCUCAAGCUCCAGGACAACGUCAUUGCGGCCGUUGGGGAUCACGCGCUUACGGGACUCACGUCCCUUCAGUCCCUCAACGUCUCGAGCAACAAGCUCGUCGCCCUUCCUCCCGAGCUCUUCUCCAACAGCCGUGAUCUACGGGAGCUCAUUCUCAGCAACAACUCACUCGCCGUUCUCGCCCCCGGACUGCUCGAGGGACUCGAUCAGCUGCAGUCCCUCGAUCUUAGCUCGAACGAGCUCACCAGCCAGUGGGUUAAUCGCGACACCUUCGCCAGACUCGUCAGGCUCGUUGUUCUCGACGUUUCGUUCAACUCCCUGACUCGCAUCGACUCCCACGUCUUCGCCGACCUCUAUAGUCUCCAGGUGCUCAAGCUCGAGCAUAACGAAAUCGACACCCUGACCGAGGGCUGCUUCGGAUCGCUGAGAAAUCUUCACUCCCUUACUCUUUCUCACAACAGAAUCACACGCCUCGAUCCUGUGCACACGGUCGGGCUGACCGCCCUGGGACAGCUCUUCCUCGACAGCAACAACCUCCGCGCUAUUCACCCUCGGGCUUUCGUCAAUCUGACCGACCUUCAGGACCUGUCCCUCAGCGGUAAUUCGCUCAACGAUAUUCCCGACGCUGUGCGCGAGCUGAGAGCGCUCAAGACCCUCGACCUCGGCAACAACCACGUGUCGAGAAUCGACAACGAGUCUUUCGCCGGGCUGGACCAGCUGUACGGUCUUCGUCUGGUCGACAACAAACUGGAGAACGUGUCUCGCGAGGCGUUCGCGUCCCUGCCGGCUCUCCAGGUCUUGAACCUCGCCAGCAACACGAUAAGACACGUGGAGCAGAGCGCGUUCGCGAACAACCCGGUCCUCAGGGCUAUCCGACUGGACGGUAACCAGCUGACGGAGAUUCGCGGCGCGUUCACGAGCCUCUCGACCCUCGUGUGGCUAAACGUGUCGGAUAACAAGCUGCUGUGGUUCGACUACAGCUACUUACCCUCGAGUCUCGAAUGGCUCGACAUGCACGCGAACCAGGUUAGCGAGCUGGGAAACUACUACAUGGUCCGCAGCACUCUCCGUAUAAAGAUGCUCGACGCCAGCUACAACCUGAUCACCGAGAUAUCCGACGCCAACGUGCCGGACAGCGUGGAAACCCUAUUCCUCAACAACAACAAGAUCCACAACGUAGCGCCGAAGACCUUCCUGCAGAAGACCUACCUCGAGAAGGUCGUCCUCUACGGCAACGAAAUACGACACCUCGAGCGCAGCGCCCUUGGCCUUCAGCCCGUCCCGGGUGACCGGGAGUUACCGAUGUUCUACAUUGGCGACAAUCCGAUAUUCUGCGACUGCAACAUGGAGUGGCUGCCGGCCGUUAACGAGCUCGCCAGACAGCGGCAGCAUCCCAGGAUAAUGGACCUCGACUCGGUCACCUGCGAGAUGUCCCACGCCCGGGCGUCGCCUCGGCGACCUCUUCUCUCCCUAAAACCGAGGGACUUUUUGUGCCACUACGAGACCCACUGCUUCGCCCUCUGUCACUGCUGCGACUUCGAUGCCUGCGACUGCGAGAUGACAUGCCCGGACAACUGUUCCUGCUACCACGACCACAGCUGGUCCAGCAACGUGGUCGACUGCUCGAACGCCGGGUACAACCACGUGCCGGAGAGGAUACCGAUGGACGCGACGGAGAUUUACCUGGACGGUAACGAGCUCGGGGACCUUGGGAGUCACGUGUUCCUGGGAAAAAGGAGACUCGAGGUUCUCUACCUCAACAACAGCGGUAUCGCGGCCCUCCACAAUCGCACCUUCGUCGGCGCGGGCGCUCUGAAGGUUCUUCACUUGGAGGGCAACGCCCUCCGCGAGUUACGGGGCCACGAAUUCGACCAGCUGGAACGAGUCGCCGAGCUCUAUCUGGACCACAACGCCAUAGCCACCGUGGGCAAUGACACCUUCACCAAACUCAAAGGCCUGGAGGUUCUACGUCUGGACAACAACCGCAUCGUCGACUUUCCCCCGUGGACGGCGCUCCCCGGCGCCGGAUCUGGGGUCAGGGUGGCUCUCGAGGGUAACGCCUGGAGCUGCGAGUGUGCGAACGCCGCGCUCCUUCGCACCUGGCUCACCCAGCACCCGGGUGAUUCGGAGAAGAUGUACUGCCGGGACGGCGCCGAGACGAUAGCUCAGGCCAUGCAGCGCUGCGGUGAUCCCGCUACGGAGGCGGUGAGCCGCGGGGCCCAGGACAGUCCGAUAUUGGGGGGAAAUUUCGUUCCCCUACUGGCGGGUGCCCUGGUGGCGGUGAUAGCCGUCUGCCUCUUCGUCGCCCUGGCCUUCGCCUUCCGUCAGGACGUCAGACUUUGGGCUCACGCGCGAUACGGUCUAAGACUCGGCAAAGCUACACCGCCCCCGGACGAGGAACGGGAUCGUCUUUUCGACGGUUACAUAGUGUACAGCGGAAGGGACGAGGAUUUCGUGUCGCGUUGCCUGGCGGCGGAACUGGAGCAGUCGGGGCUCGCGCUGUGCCUCCAUUGGCGGGAUCUUCCGCCGGCGAGGCCCCAGGAGGCCGUACCACCGGCCGCGGCUGCGGCGAGACGGAUUAUAAUCGUGUUCUCGCCGGUCUUCCUGUCCGGGGAAUGGCAGCAUCCCGAAUUCCGUUCGGCGUUACGGGCCGCCCUGGAGGGCAUCAGACCCAGCUGCAGGCGGAGACGCGUCGUGAUUCUGCUCGCGGCCGAGCCGCCGACCUGCGACCCGGAGCUCCAGCUGCUCCUGCAGACCUGCACGGUUAUCGUAUGGGGAGAGAAGCGGUUCUGGGAGAAGCUCCGCUUCGCCAUGCCCGACUCGGAGAAACGGAGGGACGGGAAGAAGGUCGCCGGCGACAGGAACCGGGCCCCGGCUCGUUACACGGCCGCCCCGUCCGCGCCGUCCGCCGUUGAUGCAUGGUCGAAGCCGAACGGAAGCCUCGUCGUCCCCGUCCACGCCCCGACUCCGACCCCCACGCAGUCGACGUACGUCAGUUCGGCAUCGAGCAGAACCGAGGACGAGGACAGCGGCGCCGAGCACCAGCACCACGGCGGCUACAGCGCCCUCCACACGAGCAACGCGAGGCCCCCUAGUCUAUCCUCGCGGGGCAGCCAUCUCUACAGCACGAUACCCGAGCCCCCCGGGCCCAACGGCGUUGGGGGCCCAACGGCGACCGUCGCCAUUCCCCCAGCCCCCGUUCCAACGAACCCCAGGACAUACUUCGUCUAGCGUCACGGAAGGCGUGGAUAUAACGCGGGACAUUUUCACGGAUAACGCUCUUCGUCGUUUCGUAUUGUACAUCGUAUGGUACUUAUAGUGCGUGAGGUUAGUGCGAUCGAGUUAAAAACGAUCCGAGGGGGGGGAGUGGGGAUCGAUCGAAGAGAUCUAACGCGAAAGAGAGAAACUCUACUGUUUAGCUGUGAGUAUCGCUCGCACUUACCACACACCGUCAUCUGUAACACCCCUCUCCCCCCUCCCUCCGCCCCUGACUAACAUUUUUAUUCC